CUAUAUAAAGAGCAAACAUCUUCCUUUAGUGACAGUCAUCAGCUUGUUGUUCUGUGUCAGCCAAUCAUCACCUCAGCAAAGAUGGCAUCAGGCUUUCUGUUUACUUUGUUGCUCUGUUUGUCCAUCGGACUGUUGGCUGCAUCUUGUUGUGAAGAAACUAAAUCCUCCUGCCCAGGUCCCUGCCCUCCUGGAUGGACUCAGUUCGGCUCUCGCUGUUUCAGCUUCAACAUCCAGGGAAAGAGUUGGACUGAUGCAGAGAUCUUCUGCUUGUCCGCCGGUGGAAAUCUGGCUUCUGUCCACUCAGAUGAGGAAUAUUUUUUCCUCAGAGAAUUCAUUUACAAAGUGUCCGGUGCAAACAGAAUUUCCUGGAUCGGAGGCUUUGACUCGGUGAAGGAGGGCGUGUGGAUGUGGUCUGAUGGAUCCACAUUCGACUACAAACAGUGGGCUGCGGGGGAGCCUAACAACUUGGGUGGAGUGGAGCACUGUCUUGAGAUGAACUAUCAUGAUAAGUUGAACGACAGGCCGUGUCAAACAGUAUAUCCUUUCCUGUGCUCCAAGAAGCUGUGAGGCCUCCCUCCAUCAUGAUCUCACUACAGCUCAUCUAUAAUCUCUAUCAUUGAUUCUCUUUCAGUUUGUUCUGCAGACAGAAACAGCUCUCUGCUGACAGACUCACUCUCACUUGUUUAUUAUCUGAAGAGUUAGGAAACGGUUCACAUUUGAGUUUUAACAUUAGAAGGAAACUGACUCUCUGAGCUGGACAAAAACAUAAUCAGUUAUUGGACUUUAAAUCUAUAAAUAACACAAAAUGAAAUACAGAAAACAUUCAAAUACUCUGACAUCUUUUCCAUUUUAGUUUACUGAAUAUUGUCUGUCAGCUCUGUCCAAAGGUAACAACAUCCACCUACCAGACAUGAGUGGUGACGAUCUUCUCUUCAAAAAUGUCCAAAUAGAAAAUAAAAUCCAAAUUUUGUCAGAAUUUUCUGUGAUACAAGAGGAGUUUCUGGUGUGUUGGGUUCUUUAUUCAUGUUUUCCUUCACUUUAUAAUCAAUAAGCAUU